UACUAUACCGCAAUCAAUAAAAGGUCCAAAUCCAUGUUCUCAAUCAUUUUGGUCCCCUUCAGAUAUACCUCAACUUUGUGGUAUAGUCUCUCCGUCUACCUCAUUCUACGUUCAUUCUUGAACAUGGAAAGCUCGAAAGGUGAAGGACUAAACCAACCCCUGUUGUUAGAACCAAAAGACCUCGACAAAAACCACAAGAAUGAUGCAACCUGCACUGACACUAAUACACUCCAAGAAAACAGCCUUCCCGCUAAGGUAUGGGACGAAACGAAGCAGCUGUGGCACAUUGUCGGCCCAACAGUCAUUUCCCGGAUUUCCAAUGCCACCAUGAACAUCAUCAGCCAAUCAUACGCUGGCCACCUUGGCGAUCUAGAACUCGCUUCCGUUUCAAUCGCCAACAACGUUAUUGUCGGCUUCAACUGGGGCCUUCUGUUGGGAAUGGCAAGUGCUCUGGAGACUCUAUGCGGGCAAGCAUUCGGAGCGAAAAAGUACAGCAUGCUGGGAACAUACAUGCAAAGAUCCUGGAUUGUUCUCUUCUUGUGCUGUUUCCUUCUUCUCCCCUUAUACGCCUUUGCAACCCCGAUUCUGAAACUGUUGGGCCAACCCGACGACAUCGCCCAGCAAUCAGGCCACCUGGCGCUGUGGUUUAUUCCGUUGCAUUUCAGUUUCGCAUUCCAGUUCCCGUUGCAGAGAUUCCUGCAAAGCCAGCUGAAAACAGGCGUCCUGAUUUGGGUUUCACUGUCGGCCCUGGUGAUUCAUGUGUUCCUGAAUUGGGUUUUGGUGAGCAGGAUUCAGCUUGGAGUUGUUGGAGUCGCCCUGUCUCUGGAUAUCUCGUGGUGGGUUCUGGUUUUGGGCAUGUACUUGUACGUAGCUUGCGGCGGGUGCCCGCAGACCUGGACGGGGUUUUCUCUUCAAGCCUUUUCCGGGCUCCUGGAAUUUCUCAAGCUCUCUGCUUCUUCUGGUGUCAUGCUUUGUUUGGAGAACUGGUACUACAGGAUACUGAUUGUAAUGACUGGUUUCUUCGAAAAUGCUAAAUUGGCCGUGGAUGCAUUGUCAGUAUGUAUGACUAUCAAUUCAUGGGAGAUGAUGUUUGCACUCUCCUUUUUUGCUGGAAUCGGAGUAAGAGUUGCAAAUGAGCUGGGCGCUGGAAAUGGGCGGGCAGCAAAAUUUGCGACAAAAGUGUGCGUGGUGCAAUCAUCUCUAAUAGGCUUAUUCUUCUUCACCAUCGUACUGAUCUUCCGGGGCAAGCUAGCCUUCAUAUUCUCUUCCAGCACUCAAGUCGUCGGAGCAGUCGACAAUCUUGCUUUCCUCUUAGCUUCCAGCAUUCUUCUCAAUAGCGUUCAGCCCGUUCUGUCAGGGGUGGCUGUUGGAUCCGGAUGGCAAUCGUCAGUCGCAUGGAUAAACAUCUUUUGCUACUACAUCGUCGGCCUCCCGGUCGGACUUCUCAUGGGUUGGGGCUUCCAUUUGGGAACUGCGGGGAUCUGGGCAGGAAUGGUCUUUGGUGGAACUGCAGUACAAACCCUGAUAUUGUCCAUCAUGACAGCAAGAACAAAUUGGGAAGUGGAGGUUGAGAAGGCCGAUAGUCGUGUCAAAAGGUGGUCAAUUUCUGAUGUGGAGUCUCACCAGUGACCGGAUGAUCAAUCAUGAUAUUUCCAUUUUCAACGGACAUGAUUCGAUGCCAACUUUAUGCACCAAUAUUCUUCAUUAAUGUGGUUAGUGUAAUGAUUAUUUUCUUUUAUAAUAAUUAUGGGGCCCUUUCUGUAAUAUUAGAUUAGAAACACGAGGAGGAUUAAUAUUUUAGUUGAAACGAGUUCACUUUAUUACAUCAUAUGUACACACAAUAUUUACGUACCAUAUACAUUUCUGGACCUCUUGUUAUAUCAAACUAGAAAUAUAACUACACAAGCAGA